AUGCAUUCCGGAACUGCACUCGUCUUUAUUUUAGCAGCUCUGAUCGCUGCCAUAAUCCUGCCAUCUCAAACUUUAGCCGAUCCCCAGGAGGAUGACACCGUUGACAGACCAAACACCGAUUAUGCUGCUCUAUUUAGAGCAUUUUUGGAAAUGGGAAAUGCCCUCUUCGGAACCUGGACACCCGAAGGAGCUGUGGAGGAGUUCAUAAGGAGACGAGAAGGUCAAGGUUUUGGCUAUUAG